AUGGAUCGGCAAUUACUUGCGGAGAUCUUCAAUUCUCCCGAGGCCCUAAAGGAAUUGCCACAGAUAUUUGAACACACUCAUCAAUACAAAAUCCAACUAGACCAUGAAAUAAAAUCAAGUAUAUCGGACUACGUUAAGGUAGAUAUUCAUCAAGAAGUUGUGGAAUUAGCGACUUUACUACGGGAUACAAAGAAUGAGUCGCAGGUGAUCCAAACUUCAAUAUCCAACAUGACCCUGUCGAUUCAGCAAUUGGAUCAAACUAAAAAGAACCUUGUGCUUUCAAUGACGGUACUUAAGAGACUACAAAUGCUUAUCAAAACCCAUGAAGAACUACAACAGGUUAUAGCGUCUCAUAACUAUAAGGAAAUAUAUCAAUUGUUUGGCGCAGCAAAGGAAUUGUUGACUUAUUUCAAACCGUAUAAAUCUAUUGAUGAAAUUAACCAGAUGAAUAUGUCUGUAAUAAAGACACAACUGAAAUUAAUUGAUGAUAUAUUUGUGGAUUUUGAUAUGACCAUAAAUACCAAUAAGUCACGUUCAACCCAAUCCCCUGAUCAAGGGGAACUGUCCCAGUCAGGGGAUGACAAUCGUUCGAACUUGAGUUAUGGGUGUCUUAUUUUAGAGGUAAUAGAUGUUCGAUUGAAAGAUAAAUUGUUAAGUUGGUUCUACGAUUCUCAAUUGCUGGAAGUUAAAGCCAUUUUCAAUAGUCAGGAUGAAGCAGGUUCCCUUGAAAACUUGAAUAGAAGAUAUAUCUUCUUCCUUAACAAUGUUUUAAGGAAGGUUCAAUCGCAAUAUUCCAAAUAUUUCCCCGAAGAAUGGAAUGUUGAUUUCGAAUUAACAAGAAUCUUUUGUGAUCUUACUCGUUCAUCAGUUGAAGAAUUGUUAAGGAGAAAUCCCUCCUCUUCCUCUCGUCCUUCUUCAGCUCCAACUAUGGCAACUGAAAAAUCAACUGAUACACUGCUUGAUGGAUUACUCAGUACUAUAGAUUUUGAAAAGACACUUAAUGAAAGAUUUCCAGAUUCGGGUAAUGACUUUUCAAGUGCUAUUCUGAAGGUAUUUGAACCCUAUUUGAAGAGGUUCUGGAUUAGAGAACAAGAUAAACUUUUAAGUGGAAAGUUGAAUGAAUUCAUGGCUUCUCCACUCCUUCCACCAGAGUUUGAAGGAAAUGAUUUAGAACAGUUUAUUGGUGUUCUUAAAAUUAACAAUGUUCCAAAUAUUUCCAAUUCCUCCAUUGAGUUGUUUAAGAUAUUUACCAAGUCAUUAGGACAAAUAUUAAAGUUGAGUAAUGGAGAGAUUCUUAUUGAUCUUAGUCUGUUAUUUAAAAAAUAUUUGAUGGAUUAUCAUGAUAGAUUUUUGAUUCCAGUUAUUGAAGGUGCCAAUACUAAUUCUAGUGGCAUUGAGCCAAUCAAAUACUUGACACUAUUGAUCAACACAAGUGACUAUAUCAUAAAUAAUAUCGAUGAUUUGGAAGAUAGAUUGAGUUCAGUGAUUCGAACAGAAUUAAAAGCGAAAAUAAGUUUUGAGUCCGUCAAAGAUGCGUAUUAUCAAGUGAUUCAAAGCUCGCAAAAUAGUUUACUUGGGAAAUUCAAUUCUGAUUUACAAUUUGCAUGGAGACUGUUUGGUAAUACCAAUUGGAGCAAUGAAGUUUCUGAUGUUUCACCAUACAUGAAUGAUUUUAUUAAGACCACCACGAACAAUAUUCGAGUGACUUUACCAAUGAUUAUACGUGAUGGAUAUGUACGGAAUCUUUGUGAUCGUGUGGUAGACUUGGCCGUUUAUUCGUUUCAAAACAAAUUGAAAUUGAUCAAACCAAUGAGUCUUGCAACAAUCGAACAAAUUUUAAUGGAUAUCUCAACGCUUAAGAAAUCCUCACUACUUUUCACCCUUUACAGUAAUCCUAAUUUCGAUGGAAUAUUAUCAACAGAUGAAUCCGACAAUAAUUCCAAGUUCAAAAUCAACAAAAAUUAUGAAAAAUAUGUUAAUAAUCAAUUUAACAAAAUUGAAAUAUUACUCAAGUUAUUAAUGACUCCAAGUGACCCAUGUGAGAACAUCGUGGAAGCAUAUUUUGAACUCAUAGGAGAUAAAUCCAUUCAUAACUUCAUUAAGAUCCUUGAGUUGAAGAAUAUCAAGCCACAGGAACAAUCUUCAUAUAUUGAAACUUUUAAUUUACAGUUAACUACAGGUGAUAGUGAUCUUUUAGAUGAAUCUCCCAUUCUUGUCAAAUUAGAAGGCUCGGACCCCUUACCAUUACCAAAAGCAUCAUCAACAUCAACAUCAUCAGCAUUUCCAUCUGAAAAUAGAAGUACCCCGUCACCGUUUGGUUCAAUAAGAAGUACACUGCUUGGAUCACCAUCGUUAGGUAUUUCCAAGUCGAAGUCACCUGACCUCAACAAUACUAUUAACAACAUCGAAAAGAACCUUAGAGGGUUGGCCUUAAGCAGUGAGACCAAGUUUAAUGAGAACAUCAAGAGCUUCGGCAAGCUAUUCAGAAAGGAAGCCCAAUCAUGA